AUGCCUCGAAGAGAUAUUGAAUUCAAGAAUGGGGUUGGUAUUACCCUUCGAGGUUGGCUUUACACACCCGAUGGCGUAUCCCCGUCCGAGGAAUUACCCUGCCUCGUCAUGGUACAUGGCUUCGGGGCCGUCAAGGAAAUGACACUUCCAACUAUUGCAGAUCACUUCGUAUCCAACCUCAAACUCGCUGUUCUUGUCUAUGACAACCGUGGAUACGGUGCAAGUGACGCCGGGGAAGGCCAGCCACGCAAUGAAGCCAUUCCUUACGACCAAGUCUCGGAUUUCUCAGAUGCCAUCACAUAUGCGCAAAGCCUAUCUGAAGUUGAUUCUACCAGGAUUGGCAUCUGGGGCUCAUCGUUCAGCGGAGGACAUGCCAUAACGGUGGCGGCGGGUGAUAGACGUGUCAAGGCUGUCAUCUCGCAGGUUCCUUUCAUGCACGGUUGGGAAACUGUCAGAAGGUUGAUACGGGCAGACUUCAUGGGCGGCUUAGAAGCAGCCUUCGAAGCAGACCGUCAAGCAAGAGCUGCUGGCCAACCCGGAAUCAUGAUUCCACUCAUCGAUCCAAAUCCCCUGGCGCAAUCUGCAAUUCCCCUUCCUGAUGGUCAUGCAUUCUACGACACUUGGCUGAAAGACCUGCCACACCUCGAGAACAAAGUCACAGCACGUUCUAUGGAAGUAAUGCGAACAUACAUCCCUGCAAACGUGAUCGAGUAUGUCUCUCCUACCCCUUUGUGGAUGUCGGUAGCCGAGAGAGAUACUCUGACCCCUACCGAUUGUACAUUGAAGGCAUUCGCCAGUGCACUGGAACCCAAAAAGUUGGUUAUACUUAAGGGGGGACAUUUUGAUGCUUACUCUGGACCAAAUCUCGAACGGUUAUUGAUAGAGCAGACAGAGUUUCUCAAGAACACUCUCCUAGCCUAA